AAGCCCAAAGAUGCUCUUGCUAACCAUUGACUCUUCCGCCCCCAGACAAUGGCGACGUGGGACACACGCGGACAGACAGACCCACUCCCAUAGAUAUUUUACAGCCACUUAUAUAAACUGAAGAAGAAGAUUAUAGACUGCCAAGAAAAAUCGAGUAGAAAGCCUUAGAAGCAGUAACAAGUAACUCUUUCUUUCAAAACCAAUAUGGGAUCAGUGGCAAAGAAAGGACUCCAACAGUAUUUGUUACAGCUUCAGCACCAUCCCUUAAGAACUAAGGCAAUUACAGCCGGGGUGCUGUCAGCUAUCAGUGACAUUGUAGCACAGAAACUCUCUGGUAUUCAGAAACUUCAACUCAGACGGCUUCUUCUCAAAGUGCUGUUUGGGUUUGCAUAUCUCGGACCAUUUGGACAUUUCCUACAUACAAUACUGGAUAAAAUGUUCAAAGGGAAGAAAGAUACAAAUACAGUUGCCAAGAAGGUAGCACUGGAGCAAUUGACAUCUUCUCCUUGGAACAACAUGCUUUUCAUGAUUUACUAUGGUGUGGUCGUUGAAAGAAGGCCCUGGAUGCAUGUGAAAACUAAAAUAAGAAAAGAAUACCCAACAGUGCAGUUCACAUCAUGGACGUUCUGGCCGGUUGUGGGAUGGGUGAAUCACCAGUAUGUGCCACUGCAGUUUCGUGUCAUUUUCCACAGCGUUGUAGCUUGUUGCUGGGGAAUAUUUCUGAAUUUGCGAGCGAGGUCUAUGACAUUGACAAAAGGUUGAAGCCCUGUUCCAGCAAGUAGCAAGAGUAAUUUAUUAUUCAAACUUAUGUGAAAUUAUGAAUUUUAAUACAUGGAUCUUUUUCAAAAAAUAGCUUUGUGACAUCUAAUAUAGUGGAAUUAAAAGGAGCAAGAACUUCAUUCUGCUUGAUUUA